AUGGUCUAUGAACGUCUCUCCGCCAACGGCUGUGCCCUCAACGCCACCUCGAAAGGGGACAUACAAAGGAGCAUGGAUCUCUUCUCUGCCGCCUGCGAAAACUUCCGCCUGGUCAUGGACACGGCGAAAACGGUGGUUAUGUAUCAAUCGCCACCCGACGCUGACUACGUCGCACCUCAAAUCAACGUGAACGGCGCCCAGCUGCAAGCCGUAGACAACUUAAUUUCCCUGGACAGAGCCCUUUCCCGCACCACCAAGAUCGACGAUAAAGUGGCCUGCCGGACUUCCAAAGUCAGCCAAGUCUUCGGCCGUCUGGAAAGCACAGUCUGCAAUCGCCACGGUGUCCACCGCAACACCAAACUGAAGAUGUACAAGACGGUCAUCCUGCCGGCGCUGUUGUAUGGAGCGGAGACCUGGACAGUGUACAAGAGUUAG